UUUGAAUGUAACAUGCCAUUUUAAAAGUGACAUUUUAGUUUGUGUUCAAUAGUAGCAUUGUUUUAUAGUUUGGAUUCAUCAUCGAAAAACUGAAGAAUGGAGCGAGAGAGGAGCAAAUCUCAAUCCAUCUCUCGGAAUCUAGCAGCCGUCUGCCUUCUAUCAGUUUUUGUGGGAAGCUGCGCCCUACUUGGAAACACAAAGGCGAGACCACUUCUGAAGUUUUGCUUCAAUUCCAGAGACCAGUUUGUUGCGGCCCAAUGCGUUCUCUGUGAUUUCUACCAGUUUUCAGCUACGGUGCUUGGAUGUAAUGGAAAAACUUCUGCUUUAAUGAGCAAUAUAACAUCGACUGAAGCUGUAUGCAUCAUUUCUAACUGCUUACAGCAAGUUCGACAAGGUCAACCACAGUUUACAGGCCGAAGGAGGCGGGAUACCUUUGAUGCCAGUGAGGUGCCUGAACUAACUUAUGACGUCAGUGAAGAUUCAGCAGUACACAAAGAUUUCGAUGACGCUGAGAGUCUGAGCGAGAGGGUGGAUUUAGCAGAUGCCCUACCCUCCAUGAAAGAAUUCUUAAAUCGGUACACCUUCAUUGAUGACAAAUCAGCCAAAGAACUGGAAGAACAAGUGGUUGACAGAAUUGAAGUCACUGUGGCAGAGGACGAAGAAAUUGACGAUUUUUGACGAAGUUUUUCAUUGCUUCCUGUUAAACUUCCAAACUACGGUCAUGUAACUCAAAUUUGAAAUUUCUUUAAAGCUAAGUUUUUAUGUAAUAUUAAUUUUAAAUUUAUUUUGUA